AUGCGAGUUGAAGCCCUUAUCCCCGUCGUCGCCUUCAUGGCCGCUCAAGGUGCCACUGCUGCCCCUGUUGUUCAACAAGAGAACCUCGACAAGAGAUGGUGUCUCUUCGGCAUCAUCGGUACUUCAUGCGGUGGUUCAUCUACCGUUGUCACCACUUCCGCCGCUGCCAAGUCCUCUACCAUUGCUGCGUCCUCAUCCGCAAAGGUUUCCGUCGCCUCCUCGGCCUCUGCUGUCAAGGCCGCUACCACCACCAUCACCACUGCUGCUCCUUCCUCAACUGCCGCUUGGUCCUCUUGCAAGGACUUUGACUGGUCAGCUUGGGGUAGCAACUGGUCAUGGGGUGGUUACAACCUCGACUACGUCAAGGCUUGGUACGUUGACACUUACGGUCUCAAACCACCUCCCAACAUGUCAUGGAAUCAAGUUUCUUCUUUAGUCAACAAGUACGGUCACUCAACCUCCGCUUCAGGUGCCAAAGCUACCAGUGUCUACAAGCACGGCUGCAGCAACCCUUGGACCUCUGCCGCUGCUGCCACUAGCACCGCAAAGGUGUCCACUACCGCUGCUGCUGCUGCUUCCACAUCGAAAGCUGUCAGCUCCGCCGCUGCUGCAUCAUCCGCCAAGGCCUCUGCUUCAGCCGUCGCUCAAUCAUCUGCUGCCGCCGCUUCUUCCGUCAAGGCUUCAGCGAUCGCAUCUUCAUCCGCUGCCGCUUCCAACGCUUCCGUUAGCAAGGCUCCAGUCGCUGCUUCUUCGGCUGCUGCUGCCUCUGCCAGUGCCAGUGCCAGUGCCAGCAAAGCUGCUGUCUCUGCUGCUCCUGUUGUCUCCUCAGCUGCCGUUGCUUCCUCUGCCGCUGCCCCUGUUGUCUCCUCAGCUGCCGUUGCUUCCUCUGCCGCUGCCCCUGUCGUCUCUUCAGCUGCCGCCGCUGCCUCAUCCGCCGCUGCUCCCGUAGUAUCCUCAGCCGCUGCUUCCGCUUCUGCAACCGGUGUCCCAGGUAAUGGAUCUGGCUCCAACUCUGGAACUGGAGUAUCAGGUACCGCCACUACCUCUAGCGCUGCUCCUGCUACCACCACCACCGCCGCUGUCACCAUCAACGGUUUUACCGCCGGUGGUUGCGUCCAAGAAGUUUCCGGUCGACUCCUCUCAAAGGUCCAAACCUCAAGCUCUUCCAUGACCAUCGAACAAUGUACCACUCUCUGUGGUAACUACGGUUACGGUGUUGCUGGUCUUGAAUAUGGUAACGAAUGCUACUGUGGUGCUCAGGAUGAUAUUGAUGAUGCUCUUGUCUCUGGUCAAUGUUACAUGCCAUGUGCAGGUGACUCUACCGAAACUUGUGGUGGACCCAACGCCAUCAACGUUUUCAUCAACCCUGACAUCACUCCUGACGUUAUCAACCUCCCGGAUGGAUGGUCAACUUACGGUACCGUCGCUGAAGGAACCAACGGUCGAGCCCUCACCUACACCCUUUGGAGUUCCUCCACCAACACCGUCGAGUCCUGUGCUGCCGGUUGUGCUGCAGCCGGUUACUCCAUCGCUGGUACCGAGUACUCUGCCGAGUGUUACUGUGGUAACUCGUUCUCCAACGGUGGUGGUGCCAUCCUCUCGGACGAUGCUGCUUUCAUGGCUUGUUCAGGUGAUCUCGCUCAAAUGUGUGGUGGUCCAUCCGUUUUGAGCGUUGUCUCCUCAUACACCGGUACCAUCCCAUCCAGCUAA